CCGGAUCCAUCUGCCUGCACGUCUGCACUUAAAGGCACUGAAGUCAGUACACUGUUGGUGGUGGAGGUUUACGUAAAAUGCAAUAGCAAAACUACUUCAUUGGUGAGCGGUUUGGUUUACGUGAGUCUCCUCGUGUUCAUACGCGGUGUUGUGUCAGUGAAAUAUUGUUUUAUUGUAACUGGUUCUCGUAAACGUCGUUUGUCGGGGUCAGUCAACCUUGGCGAGGUUAACGUGUCACUGACCCGACGUACUGAUUGUCACAUUUUGGAACAAACUUUCGGACGGAAGCGUGAGCUAGUCUGUCAGAUAGAAAUACCCACGAGCACAGCUCUGCAGUAAACAAGGGUGAACAGUCAUAAGUAGGAGCAAUCCCUUAGUCGCAGCAGGAAUUAGCACUACAAGAUGUCUCAGCUAUAUGCCAGGGCAUCAUCAUUGGUGCCUACUCUUGUUUUGAGGAAUCUUACACAUGCACAUCGUUGUACCCUUGCUUCAGCCCACCAUGGCAGCAGAUACAGCAGCACUACAGCUUCACAGGCCGAGACUGAAAAGAAACCAAUUAAAAAAGUUCUUGUUGCAAAUCGAGGCGAGAUUGCUAUUCGCGUGUUCAGAGCAUGUCGAGAAUUAGGAAUCCAUACGGUUGCUAUAUAUUCAGAACAAGAUAAUCAUCAUAUGCACCGUGUGAAAGCCGAUGAGUCGUAUCUCGUUGGUAAAGGUCUGCCUGCCGUUGCUGCUUACCUCAACAUACCUGAAAUUGUACAGAUUGCUCAGGAAAAUGAUGUUGAUGCUAUCCACCCGGGAUAUGGAUUCUUAUCAGAAAGGGCUGACUUUGCCCAGGCUGUUACUGAUGGCAAUAUUCGUUUCAUUGGACCAACUCCUGAAGUUGUAAGGAAGAUGGGAGACAAAGUGAUAGCCCGUCAAAUGGCUAUUGCCGCCAAUGUACCCGUGGUACCAGGAACUGAUGGUCCAGUUACAACAUCUGAAGAAGUCUUGAAAUUCUGUGAACAGUUUGGAAUGCCUAUUAUGCUGAAAGCAGCAUAUGGUGGUGGUGGCCGUGGUAUGAGAGUUGUUAGAAAUAUAGAGGACGUUGAAGAGAGUUUUGUUCGUGCAAGUUCAGAAGCAUUGGCAGCGUUUGGUGAUGGCUCUAUGUUCAUUGAAAAAUUUAUUGAAAGACCUAGACACAUUGAAGUGCAGAUUCUUGGUGACAAAACUGGUAAUGUAGUACACCUGUGGGAGCGCGACUGUUCAGUACAAAGAAGGCAUCAGAAACUUGUUGAGAUUGCUCCAGCACCCAACUUAGACCCUGCUAUCAGAAAAAUAAUGACUGAUGAUGCUGUGAAGUUGGCCAAACAUGUUGGAUACCAGAAUGCGGGCACAGUUGAAUUUCUGAUGGAUGAGAAGGGAAAUCACUAUUUUAUAGAGGUCAAUGCUAGAUUACAGGUAGAACACACAGUGACUGAAGAGAUUACUGGCAUUGAUUUAGUUCAGUCUCAGAUUCAGAUAGCAGGUGGCAAAACCCUUGAUGAAUUAGCUUUAAAUCAAGAAGACGUCACGUACAAUGGCUGUGCAAUACAGUGUCGUAUAACGACUGAGGACCCAGCCAGGAACUUCCAGCCAGAUACAGGAAGAAUUGAGGUGUUUAGAAGUGGGGAAGGCAUGGGUAUACGUCUGGACAGUGCUUCAGCGUUUGCAGGUGCAAUUAUUUCUCCUCACUAUGACUCGCUUCUAGUUAAGGUCAUUGCCCAUGCCAAUAAUCACAAAUCUGCCGCUGCUAAGAUGACAAGGUCCUUAGAGGAAUUCAGAAUCAGGGGAGUUAAAACUAAUGUUCCCUUCUUACAAAAUGUCCUAAAACAUGAACAGUUCUUGGGUGGUUCUGUUGAUACCUAUUUCAUAGAUGACAACCCAGGGUUGUUUGACUUCAAACCGUCACAGAACAGAGCUGGUAAAUUACUUCAAUACUUGGGUCAUGUGAUGGUGAAUGGUCCAUCCACUCCACUGUCGACUGGUCUCGCUCCUGCCGAUGUUGUUCCUCCGAUUCCAGAUACUCCAAUGCAUGGAACCAAGCCUCCAAGUGGAUGGAGAACUUAUUUGAAAGAACAUGGUCCAGAGAAGUUUGCUAAGGCAGUCCGGGAACACAAAGGGCUGCUGUUGAUGGACACCACCUUCAGAGAUGCUCAUCAGUCGCUAUUGGCAACCAGAGUUAGAACCAUCGACCUCAAGAACAUUUCACCAUUCGUUGCUCAUAAUUUUACUAAUUUAUACAGUUUAGAAAAUUGGGGAGGGGCCACGUUUGAUGUUGCUAUGCGAUUUCUACACGAGUGUCCAUGGGAACGGUUGGCUUCUUUACGUAAAAAGAUUCCUAAUAUACCAUUCCAGAUGUUACUGCGGGGUGCCAAUGCUGUUGGUUAUACGAACUAUCCUGACAAUGUAGUAUUCAAAUUUUGUGAGACUGCCGUAGAGCAUGGUAUGGAUGUCUUCAGAGUAUUUGAUUCAUUGAAUUAUCUUCCCAACCUUUUGAUUGGUAUGGAGGCAUCUGGCAGUGCCGGUGGUGUAGUUGAAGCAGCUAUCUCCUACACUGGUGAUGUUUCAGAUCCAUCAAAAACCAAAUACACAUUGGAUUAUUACACUAAUUUAGCUACAGAACUGGUAAAGGCUGGCACACAUGUUCUCUGUAUAAAGGACAUGGCAGGUCUGCUUAAACCCGAAGCAGCCAAAAUGUUGAUUGGUGCUCUUAGAGACAAGUUUCCUGAUGUUCCAAUUCACGUACACACUCAUGAUACAUCUGGUGCUGGUGUAGCGGCCAUGUUGGCUGCUGCCAAGGCCGGAGCUGAUGUUGUUGAUGUUGCUGUGGAUUCUAUGUCUGGUAUGACGUCACAGCCGAGCAUGGGAGCUUUGGUUGCCAGUGUGAAAAAUACAGACUUAGAUGCUGGCAUCACCAUGGACAAUAUAAGCAAAUACAGCAGCUAUUGGGAAGUGACGCGACAGUUAUACGCGCCAUUUGAAUGUGCCGUCACCAUGAAGAGUGGCAGUUCUGAUGUCUAUCUGCACGAGAUUCCAGGUGGACAGUACACUAAUUUACAAUUCCAGGCAUUUAGUCUUGGACUCGGCAGCAAAUUUGAAGAGAUCAAGAAGACUUAUGCGGCCGCAAAUCAGUUGCUGGGCGACAUUGUCAAGGUUACACCCUCUUCAAAAGUUGUUGGUGACUUGGCACAGUUCAUGGUGCAGAAUAAAUUGACUGCGGAACAAGUUCUUGAUCGGGCCGAGGAGUUGUCCUUUCCACUGUCUGUUGUAGAAUUCAUGCAAGGCUACAUCGGGGUGCCUUACGGAGGCUUUCCUGAACCACUGCGAAGCAAGAUGCUAGGUGGACUUCCUACUGUAGAUGGCCGUCCAGGUGCUUCACUACCACCGCUAGACUUUGACCAAUUAAAAGCAGAAUUGAAGGAAAAACAUGGUAAACAAGUGCGAGAGUGUGAUGUUGUUAGUGCAUCUCUCUAUCCCAAAGUCUUGGAUGAUUUCCUUGAUUUCCGCAGUGUUUACGGCCCUGUUAACUGCCUACAUACCAGGCACUUCUUGGUUGGACCAAAAAUUGCAGAGGAAUGUGAGGUUGAGCUAGACAGGGGCAAGACACUGAAUAUCAAAACCUUGGCAGUAGGAGAUCUUGAUGCCUUCACAGGCGAGAGAGAGGUGUUCUUUGAGUUAAAUGGACAACUACGAUCAAUUCAUGUGAAAGACAAAGAGGCAGUUAAGGAAUUACAUGUCCAUCCCAAGGCCAUGAAAGGAGUGAAGGGAUCGGUCGGUGCUCCUAUGCCUGGAAACGUCAUUGAUGUUCGCGUUAAAGAAGGCGAUACAGUUGAGAAAGGUGAUCCUCUGGUGGUUCUCAGUGCAAUGAAGAUGGAGAUGCUGGUCAGUGCUCCGUUCACUGGUACCGUCAAGUCUCUCCAUGUCAAAAAAGGCUCUCCAGUCCAAGGUGAUGAUCUGAUUGCUGAAAUGGAGUAGGCAUGGUUACCGUUUCAUGCUCACUGGAAUAUCGUUCCUUACAGGGACUAAAAUAAACUGAAAUAUAACUAUUGCCGUAGAAGUUUUAGAAAAUGUGAAUUUGCUAUAGAACUAACCAUUUAGGUGACUUUGUCUGUUGCUGCUUAAUACACAGUAUAAUAAUUUUCAGAAUUUAUAAUAUCAUGACUUUUAAAUAUUUGGAAAUUACCUUUUCUCCUAUCUGUACUAAUCAUUAUUUUUGUGGUGCAGGGAACAUUUUUGAGAAACUUCUAUCUGAAAAAAACAAACGGCAUUUUGAACAGUGAAACAACUAUUAUGAUUUUGGGGGGUACAUGAGCUGAACCAAUUUACAAUUCUGUUCAUAAGAAACAAAACAAUAAUUAUCUUAAAAAGUCAUAUAAUAUAUAAAUAACGAUUAUUCAAUUGUUUUGAGUAUAUGGCAAAUUAUGCACUACACAUCUGUCAAGACCAGAUCUUUCUUCAUGAAUACUUAACUUUUUAUUAUUUUUUAAUAAAUAAAUCUUGAUAUUUGUGUGAAAACAUGGUACUGGGAAACUCAUUUCAAAACAGUGCAAUUUGGCUCGAAGUUGCACUUUUUUUUUAAAAAAAGUAUGCAACAAACUUUAGCUUAUUUUAAUUUUGUGGGAACAUAUUUGCUGAAGCCACCAUAUAUAAUGCAUUUGUCAUAUUUCUACCAAUCAAUAUAUAUCAGUAAUAUUCCUGGAUUCUCUCUCAUCUCAUUCAAGCAUGCAUUUUACUAAAGAAGGCAAAUUUUUUUUGCCACUAUCUGACAAUUUGAAAUGACUUUGCACUCUGCUCAAUGACAUGAAGUAUAUGACAAUACUUGAUUAGCAAUGCUUAUUUAAAUAUUUAUUGAAAAAAGAACUAGUUAAAGAUCAAUAUAAAUGUAUAUCUAAAUUUUAAGCAAAAAAAAGUGAUUUUAUAGAUAGUAAGUACUAUUACCGUAUGUAUGGGUUUUGCACAUUUCACUAUUUUCAACAUUUACUAUAAUCAUUAAACAAGUGAAUUUUAAAAUUUGGUGAAAUUUGAAUCAUGCGUAUGUAACAGUUGCUAUGGCAAUCAUGAAAUAAUGUGUCUGCUAUAAUACUAACUAGGACUAACAAUCUUAUCCACUAGUGAAUGUGGCCUGAAUAUUUCUCUCUCGUAAAUAAGUUCAUAAAACUGAUGUCAGGUAUGCAUAGGGGUUAGUGACAAUUGAUUUCUGAAUUGUUAGCCAAUAAUGAGUGUAAUAAUGGAAUCAAUAUAAUCCUACUUCGUCAGAAAAAGUGUUUCUUUAUUAGAUGCUGAUGACAUUUUUUUAAAAUGUUAAUCAUGUGACAGCAGUAAGGUUAUAAUUUUAUAUAGCUAUAUGCACAUUUUUUUGUUUGUGCUUGCAAGAAAAAGAAUAUUGAUUUAGUUAUCAGAUUUUGAGUAUUGUCACUUAAGAAUUAUGAUAUUUCAAAUGUUGUAUUGUAAGUUAAGGCAUUCUGGUAAGUGAGGGUGCUACAUGUAGGGAUUGCUAUAGCUGGCAUUAGUGAAGGAAUUGUGUACAUGUAUGGAACUGGAGUGCUCCUCCUGCACUGCACAGCAGUACUAUUGGUAAUAAAUAUUUGUUUUUGUCUACA